AUGAACAGGAUAUUCGGCACCAACAAGGCCAAGCCCAAGCCGAACCUCUCGGAUGCCAUUGCAUCGACGGACACGCGCGUCGGCUCAAUCGAGGUCAAGGUCAAGAAGCUUGACAAUGAGCUUGCCAUGUACAAGGCUCAGAUGGCGAAACUGCGUGACGGACCAGGCAAGACUGCCGUCCAGCAACGUGCGCUCCGCACGCUCAAGCAGAAGCGCAUGUACGAGGGCCAGUUGAACCAGCUCCUGCAGCAAACGUUCAACAUGGAGCAGGCCGCCAUGACGACCGAGAACCUCAAGAACACGAUGGCCACCGUCGACGCUAUGCGUAUCGCCAACAAGGAGAUGAAAAAGCAGUACAAGGGCAUCGACAUUGACAAGAUCGAGAGUAUCCACUACGACAUGGAGGACUUGAUCGACCAGGCCAACGAGAUCCAAGAGUCGCUGAGCCGGACGUAUGGUGUGCCUGAUGAGCUCGACGAGGAGGACCUGCAGGCCGAACUGGACGCGCUCGGUCUCGACGACGAACUUGUGGGCGAGAACGAGACGCCGAGUUACCUGCAGGACGCGACGGCCUUGCCCGACUUUGUCGACGCCGCUCCCGUCGAGGAGGAGACCGCCAAGGAGGCGGAGGUUGCCCGUUAG